AUGGCAACUCCCGCAACGCAGUCGCUGAAGUGCGUGGUCACAGGUGAUGGUGCAGUCGGCAAGACAUGUCUCCUGAUAUCCUACACCACAAAUGCCUUCCCUGGCGAAUACAUCCCCACAGUCUUUGACAACUACUCCGCGAGUGUCAUGGUCGACAACAAGCCCAUCAGCUUAGGACUAUGGGAUACCGCAGGACAAGAAGAUUACGACCGAUUACGACCACUAUCAUACCCACAGACCGACGUCUUCCUAAUCUGCUUCUCCAUAGUCAGCCCGUCAUCAUUUGAUAACGUCAAGGCAAAAUGGUACCCUGAAAUCGAGCACCACGCACCUGGCGUACCCAUCAUACUCGUCGGCACGAAACUCGAUCUCCGAGACGACCCCGAAGUGCGCGAACAGCUGCGACAAAGGAAGAUGGCACCAAUACAGUACGAGCAGGCCGUGCAGGUCGCCAAGGAGAUCAGGGCAGUCAAAUACCUAGAGUGCUCGGCGCUCACACAACGAAACCUGAAGAGCGUGUUCGAUGAGGCUAUCAAGGCCGUCAUUUCGCCGCGACCACCACAAAAGAAGAAGUCGACCAAGUGCAGCAUCCUCUGA